CUCAAAGCACUUGAAAAGCAAAACAAGCAUCAAUUAAAAGUAUGAAUGACAUGAGUAUAGGUCUGCACAGUUCUAAGUACUUCAAGCCUCUAAGAGAUGAAGCGAAAACCGCUUAUACAUUUGUAGCUACAACCCGCAUCAGAGUAGCACAGUAACACAGACAGCUCAGAGUAAACUAUGUGUUGUCUCCUGCAUUUACAUAUCCCUUACCAUGACUUGUAUCACGAUGGAAGCUGAUCUUGGAUAUCCAGAGAAGUGUACUGGUAUAACAUAUGUGCUGGGUCUUCCUUGGUCAGUCGAAUGAACGUGGCUCUGUUUUGAGGGUGUCUGGGGCUCGUUUAGUAGGUUUAGUAGUAAGCUUUGUGAAACUGUGGGUGGUGGAUUGGUGCAACUGGUGCUUGACUAUUUUAAUUUCAGUCACAUAGAAUGACUAGAAAAGCCUGAAUCAAGCCAGCUGGAUAGGAGUGUACUCCCCCAACACAAAGACGAACACACACAAACACACACACACACACACACACAGAGAGUAUUUGUGUAUAUUUUGACAAGAAGACAUUCUUCAUUUAAUGUGAGCAGGGUUGUAUUUUUUCGAGCAGCUCACAGACUCUGCUUGUCUCGGAAACAGUGUCUGCAGUCCAAGUCACUUAAUAGCCUACUGUGUCUGUUAAAAGUCUACUGUGUCUGACUGAAAAAUAAUACAAAUGAAACAGAAACAAUAUUCACAAAUAUGUGUAACAAAGACAGAUAACUAGAGGUUGGUUUCCUGCAAUCAUUGCAAUUUUUGCAGAAAAUGCACUCAAGUUUUCCUUUAUCCGCAGAAUUUACCAUUGCUGCAGAAUUUCCCCAAAAUGCAUUUUUUCUUCAGCGCUACUAGAUGGCACCAGCCACACUGUAUACUUACCCAGUCAGCUAACCUAACAUAGCUAGGCGUAAAAGAAACACCUGAAACUAGAUCCUGGCAGGGAAGGUUCUCUUCUGCACUUUUCAACCAAUCCAGUAAAUGUGAAGGAGAAGUUAAGAUGGAGUGUCGCCUCGUUAACUUCCGUUUGUUGGCAACUCUGCUAAUGCUACCAGUCGACAAACAUUCAGGGAGAUUCUCAAUUGGCCGAAAGUCUGUCCUGACCUCAACUCCGCUCUCCUCUGUGACCCGGAAACCGACCAGUAAGGUUCCUCCUCUUCCUGUGCGCACUUUGCCAUCUGACCCUGGCUUUCCCCGCUCAAACAGGAUACUCAGAAGAUGACAACCGACAACUCCAGGUCACCAUCUCCAAGGCAAUCCCGAUUUCCACUGCACAGCUAGGAGGCUCCAUCACAAUCCCAUGUAUGGUGUCCCUGUCCCCUGGGCCCCCCUCGUCCUCCUCGCCCCCCAGCCCGCCCCGGGUCAAGUGGAGCGUGUUGCAUGAUGGGGAGCAGGAGGAGACGGAGAUCCUGGUGGCGCGGGGUCAAAGGGUGAAGGUCAACGAGGCCUACGGAGAACGAGCUUCCCUGGUCAACUUUGCUGACUCGCCCGAGGACCUCUCCCUCUGGCUGGGGGAGCUGCGCUCAACAGACACAGGGCACUACCGUUGCGAGGUGCAGCAGGGCCUGGACGACGCCAGCGACUUCACACAGAUCAAGGUCAAAGGUGUGGUCUUCCAUUACAGACAUGCCUCUGGUCGCUAUGCAUUUUCGUUCAGUGAGGCCCAGGCGGUGUGCGAGAGCAUUGGGGCACACAUUGCUACUCCCGACCAGCUUCUGGCAGCCUAUUACGAUGGCUAUGAGCAGUGUGACGCCGGCUGGCUCGCUGACCAAUCUGUCAGAUAUCCAAUCCAAGUUCCCCGGGAAGGUUGCUAUGGUGACAUGGAUGGUCGCCCGGGAGUGAGGAACUAUGGGACACUGGAACCAGAGGAGCUGUUUGAUGUGUAUUGUUAUGUGGAGCAUAUUGAUGGGGAGGUGUUCCAUGGCUCUGCCCCUAAGCAGCUGUCAUUGAAUGAGGCUUGGGCGUACUGCGAGAAGGAAGGGGCAGAGCUGGCUACCACAGGGCAGCUGUACAUGGCAUGGAGUGAGGGUCUGGACCGCUGCAACCCUGGCUGGCUGUCUGAUGGCAGCGUGCGCUACCCCGUCAUCACCCCUAGAGCGCGCUGUGGAGGUCCACAGCCAGGGGUCAAGACCCUGUAUCGCUACAGCAACCAGACAGGCUUCCCUGAAUCCUCCAGCCGCCAUGAUGUUUACUGUUUCAGAGGUAAUGGGAAUCCUCACACGGAUGCCCCCAUGGACUACAUGGCCACUGAACCAGAGGACAUCGGACAAGAUAUUGUUGUUCUUAUGGAGCCUGCGGAGGAGCUCCAUCCGAGCCUGGAUCCAGAGCAAGUGGAGCGAGAGGCCCAGAGUGUCCUGCAAUCCCUCCCCGUCUUCCAGUCAGCCCCUGCUCGGGAGGACCUGCAAGGAUCUCCCCCUACUUCCAUGUCAAGCACAGAGGUCCCACUCACCCGUACAGCUUCCACCCAGGACCUCCUCCAGCCUUUUGAUGAGACUUCACUUCCUGUAGAAGAACUCUACCACUCCCAGCAUCCUACUUCACUUCCCAGCACCUCCAGUGAGCCAGACUCCCUUCACGAUGGAGACUAUCACUCCCAGCAUUCUACUUCACUACCCAGCACCUCCAGUGAGCCAGACUCCCUUCACGAAGGAGACUAUCACUCACAUAAUUCUACUUCACUUCCCAGCACCUCCAGUGUGCCAGACUCCCUUCACGAUGAAAACUAUCACUCCCAGCAUUCUAGUUCAUUACCCAGCACAUCCAGUGAGCCAGACUCCCUUCACGAUGGAGACUAUCACUCCCAGCAUUCUACUUCCCUUCCCAGCACCUCCAGUGAGCCAGACUCCCUUCACGAAGGAGACUAUCACUCACAGAAUUCUACUUCACUUCCCAGCACCUCCAGUGUGCCAGACUCCCUUCACGAAGAAAACUAUCACUCCCAGCAUUCUAGUUCAUUACCCAGCACAUCCAGGGAGCCAGACUCCCUUCACGAUGGAGACUAUCACUCCCAGCAUUCUACUUCACUUCCCAGCACCUCCAGUGAGCCAGACUCCCUUCACGAAGGAGACUAUCACUCCCAGCAUCUUACUUCAUUACCCAACAACUCCAGUGAGCCAGACUCCAUUCACGAAGGAGACUAUCACUCACGGAAUUCUACUUCACUUCCCAGCACCUCCAGUGUGCCAGACUCCCUUCACGAAGGAGACUAUCACUCCCAGCAUCCUACUUCAUUACCCAACACCUCCAGUGUGCCAGACUCCCUUCACGAAGGAGACUAUCACUCCCAGCAUCCUACUUUUUUACCCAGCACCUCCAGUGUGCCAGACUCCCUUCACGAAGGAGACUAUCACUCCCAGCAUCCUACUUCAUUACCCAGCACCUCCAGUGAGCCAGACUCCCUUCACGAAGAAGAUUAUCACUCCCAGCAUCCUACUUCAUUACCCAGCACCUCCAGCAUGCCAGACUCCCUCCACGAAGGCAACUCCAGUUUCUACCGACUCGAACUGGAAACAAGCCCAGAAUUCCCAGAGCCGUCCUACAAGCCACACAUACAUUACCAGCCGAUGCCAGAGAUGAACCCGGAGGAACCCGACUACCAGCAGUCAGGCUCUUCCAAGCACUUCCAGCCAAUGCCAGAGACCAACCUGGAGUUGGAUCAACUGGAAGCCAACUACAGCACAACAGCAGGUAACCAGAGUCAUCGGGAGAUAGCACAAGAGACUACCAACAUGGCCUUUGACCCCAUAGAGAAUGCUACCGAGGCACGUGACCCCACCGCAGAGAGAAGACACAAAGAGGCGAUCGUGGGAGAACUUGAAGAGACAUCCAUCUCGACCGAAUCCCUGGGUGAGCUUGAUCCUCACCCAGUCGGGUCUUCACUCUCCCCCCACGGAAGGGCAACCUCAGUGUGGUUGCCCUUGGAUGGAUCUGGAGAUAUGUCCCAAGAGAUUGACCUAGGUGUCCAGCAGGGAAUGCACACAGACAGAUCCCCCACCUCAGAACCCUCUGACUUCACCACUCACAUGUCUGCUUCCCCUGGAGCCACCAGCAUCUCCAAUGAGCAGCAGACGGGAGUUCCACAUUCAAGCAGCAUCUCAUCUGGACUGGAUCAUUCUGAGGAGCUGGGACUGGAUGUGUACUCCACAGUAUUCCGUCCACCAGUAACCUCCCAGGGAACUUCCUCCGCUAGACCGGAAGGCAGCACCAGUCUAGAUUUCGAGGGUAUCGUCAAUCCAGAGAGAUUGGAACCUUCAGGAGCAGUGGAGCUGGCACCAGGGGAGUCUGAAGAGGAGCACCUGGGGUCUGGAGUGGAAAUAGCUACGACUGAGUCUCCAGACCUGUCCACCACCUCCCAGCUGCCUGUCGAGUUUACCACAAUGGGCUAUCAAACAACGGCCAUGUCCAGAUUAGAGGUGGAUCACACAACCACGGACCCUGAAGAAGACGGAAGUGGACAUGAGCCAGGCACUGAUGAACCGUCCCUCGGAGAAAAAGUUACAGUCUUCCCCCUUGAGUCGCAAACAACCAGUUGGGAUCUGCACCGUACCACCUCUGCACCCCAAGAGUCUCAGGACGACCUUGAAUACAGCGGGGAACCCGCUUCCUCCUCUUCCCAGACAGAGUUUCCAGACUCCUCAGCAGAACCUGAACUGUUUGGGUCAAACUCCUUGUCCACCUCAAGUACAGAUCCUACCGCUGCCACUAUGUCCACAUCCACCGUGUACACAUCCACAGAGUGGGCUACACAGACCUGGAGCCCCGUCACCUCCACUACACAAAGUCCCCCAGAGCCAGAGAGGGUGACGGCUCUUAAACGCCCUGUGGAUCAUGGCCAGAUGGAUCUGGAAUUUGGCCUCACCCAGCCGCCAACCCUGCUCAUCUUGCCCAAUGAGAGAGCUGCUGUGGGCAGUUCCAGGAAGAUUUCAGAUGCUUGUCUGGAGGACCCCUGUGCCAACGGCGGCACCUGCGUCGAGAUGGGCGGGAGCACCAAAUGCCUCUGUUUGCCCAGCUAUGGAGGUGACCUCUGUCAGAUGGAUCUGGAGCAGUGUGGGGGGGGCUGGCAGAAGUUCCACGGGAACUGCUACAAGCACUUCAACCAGCGGCUGAGCUGGGAGGUGGCGGAGCAGCACUGUCGCAUGGUGGGGGGCCACCUGGUGUCAAUCAUGACCCCUGAGGAGCAGGACUUCAUUAACAAUAACUAUAAGGAGUAUCAGUGGACUGGACUGAACGACAAGACCAUCGAGGGGGAUUUCCGCUGGUCCGAUGGUAACCCAUUGCUCUAUGAGAACUGGUACAGGGGCCAGCCUGACAGUUACUUCCUGUCUGGAGAGGACUGUGUGGUGAUGGUGUGGCAUGAUGCCGGGCGCUGGAGUGAUGUGCCCUGCAACUACCACCUGGCCUACACCUGCAAGAAAGGCACCUCUUCAUGUGGCCCUCCCCCCAAAGUCCGGAACGCAUCAGCGUUUGGCAGAAUCCGCCAGAGGUACGAGACAGACGCCAUUGUGCGCUACUACUGUGCCCAGGGCUUCCAGCAGAGACAAAACCCUCUGGUCAAGUGCCUGCCAGGUGGCAAGUGGGAGGAGCCCCAGAUCCUCUGCAUUCCUGGGGCAGGAAACACAGCACAGGUAGCAGGAGUAACAUCACCAACAACAGGAAACCAGGAGCUGACUGGAGAGGAAUCAUAAACAAAGAAAACGCCUCAAUACUGGGACAUCAAGUGGAACUUUUCAAUUCCAUACCAUGUCCCAUUACACUUCAAGAGUUUUCUUUCUUCAUUGACCAGAGAUCUGAAAUGGCUGAACAUGUGAAGGCAAUAUUGUGAUCUUGAAAGGAGACAAGGAAAGAGUAUUGGGACACAGGGUCAGUUUGGCUUUACAUUCCUACUCCUCAUCGAAGCACAUCGAUCUGAAUCUGUAGUUGGGAUAGCCUGGGCUUUAGGGUCUCUUGCAGCCCUACAUAGGAUGCCAUGAAUUGCAAUGGUGUGCUAGAAUGCGGAACACGGAACAUUUUCCGCGAAAAGUCCUUGGGCUUUCCGAAAAUCCUGUCACUGACACAUGUCUAUUAUCAGUAACUCCUUGUCCAUCCAUCAGGAUUGUACACUAUAUAUAUAAAAGUAUAUGGACGCUGCUUCAAAUUAGUGCAUUUGGCGUUUUCAGCCACACCCAUUGCUGACAGGUGUAUAAAAUCGAGCACACCGCCAUGCAAUCUCCAUAGACAAACAUUGGCAGUAUAAUGGCCUUAUUGAAGAGCUCAGUGACUUCCAACAUGGCACCGUCAUAGGAUACCACCUUUCCAACAAGUCAGUUCGGCAAAUUUCUGCCCUGCUAGAGCUGCCCCGGUCAACUGUUAGUGCUAUUAUUGUGAAGUGGAAACGUCUAGGACCAAAAACAGAUCAGCCACAAAGUGGUAGGCCACACAAGCUCACAGAACGGGACAGCCAAGUGCUGAAGCUCCAACUGUGUUAGACAGUGGUAGGAUACACGGUAGCUCGUCUUGAGAAAAUUUGGUUCAGACGGUUUCUUUAACGAUAUCCACACAUUGUACAAUCCAGAAGGACGGACAAGUAGUAAUGGUUUAUAAAUAUGCCUUAGGUAGCAGGAUUUUUGGAAACCUGGAUGCCAAAGGAUUUUUCACCAAAUAUGUCCCGGGCUCCAAAUUAUAGCGAUCUAGGAUGCCAUUGCAUUCAAUGUGCGAUGUCAACUGUAGGCCCAGGACUCUUGUUGGUUUUAAACAAGCUAUCACGCUAACGGUGUCAAUCAUUGUUUAUUGAGUAUUAUUGGCAAAUCAGCUUUAUAAAUCCACCCAUCAUAUUUUAAACGACAGCUGGUCUGUUUGCAAUUCCAUUCAUAUUCCAUCAGCUAGGGAUUACCUGGGGUCUGUUCAGGAGGGGGAAUGUUACAGAACGUUCAGAUAGAAAUGUAUUGUGUAGAACAGAUAUGAUUGUCCAGCCUGGCCUCAGAGCCAUAUUAAAUAUACUUGAUUUAUUUCUGAGCACCUCCAAGACGUAUGAUACCUACUAAUGGUCUAGUUACUUGAGACAGAAACUCCAAGUAGGGAGGUUGGUCAGGGAGGAUGGGUGGGGGUAAUCUGCGACAAUCUAGCAAUCCAAGGUUUUGCAUGUGUCAUCAGGGUCAUCUGUAGCAUUUUAGCUAACCCUUAUUCUAAACUUUACCCAAUUCACCUAACCUGCUAUGUAAAUUCACCUAACCUUUGUCGUUUUAGUUCUCCUAACCUUUGUCGUUUUAGUUCUCCUAACCUUUGUCGUUUUAGUUCUCCUAACCUUUGCCGUUAGUUCCCCUAACCGCCCAUGUAAAUUCUCCCUGUAAUUCUCCUUUGUUGUUACAGAGCAACAAGGAACCUGGCCUCAGAUAAAGACCUGCAAUACUAUACGUCCUCCAAGACGUAUGAUAAGUUACGUCACCCAAUUCGUAUGUUUUGUAUGACCGGGUAACACCUAUGACACUGUACGUCCUCUAAUUUGAAUGAUAUUGUACUACUGCUAUUCCAUUUAGAAUCUAAUGCAACGUAUCAUACUAAAUUGAGUCUUAGACUGUCACAGAUGUAUGUACAGAAUAAUAUGAAUUGCCCUGAGACCACAUUGGAUUGCCUGUAGACUUGGGGACGAAUGUAGUUCUAUUAAUAAUAUUUCUACCUGCAAUGUUUUUGAACCUUUUUGUCUCACCGAGUACACUCCAGGACAGGUGAGUCAUUAUUGGGAUGUUUGGUUGAGUGUCAGGGAAGACACACAACAGACUCUGUGGUCCAUAUCCAAACCUGUCCCACGUCACAACUUCUAGGUCCUUUGAGUCCCCUUCAUAGAACUAAAAAGGACUGUAUAGGUGUACACAAUAUUGUGGGAACUCUGCCAAGCCUACCAGAGGGCUAGGUGAGGCUAUUACCACAUUGCUGAUACCAAUCCAAAUAUUUCAGAUCCACAAGGUGACUUGACAAGGUCUUUAGAAAUGAAGCAAUGGUUGGUUUGGAAAUGGAGCAUCGAAAUCCCUGUCCUCCUAGGAACCCAUAUCAACUCUUCAACUCAGCAUUAUUUCCAUCUCAACUUUCUCACAACCAUAGAUAGGCCUUCUUAGACGUUUAUCAUCAACAGACUUUAUAUGAAAUAUGGUGCUCACACCCUUGCCUGAUGCAUUUUGACCUCCUUUUAAAUCGCAAAGAAUCAAAAUGGCACGUUUGUGCAGUAGGAUGUCAGAAAACAAACUGAAAACAAAACAAACGACUCCAAACACAGCAUGUUUAUAAAGCCAAUUCCAUUAUCAAACUAAAAUGUACAUUUCACACAGUGGUUUAUUUAUUCACUCUUAACUAUUUUUGGGUGAAAAAAGGCUAGAGUGGGUAGCCUGCAAUUGUUUUUACAAGGGUGACAAUGUCUUUACUGUACGUAUCAAUGAUAUUGGUUAGAUUUUGUUUCAAAAUAUUGUUGAAUUACUGUCCACUCUUCCCUGUGAUAGAUGCCCUACAUUUUACUGAUACAGUCCUAUGAAAAGCUUUAUGUUGUAAUAAAGUUUUGUAGAAUAAAGCAAGGACUUAAUCAGUAUUAACCACAAAGCCAUUUUCAGACAUAUUUUUUGUUUGUUCUUUAUUUUCCGAUUUUAUAAGUAUCUUUUCCAGUAACACUCUUCCUUUAUAAACAAAAUAAAAUAACAGAACGUUUCUGUGA